ACGUCGAAAAGAGGAAGAGGACCAACGUCAAGCCCGCUCAACACAACUCUGCUUGUUUACACCGGGGAAGGAAACCAACAAAUGUCUUUGUCUUUGUAAGCUACGGUCACAUCACUUCACUAUGCUGAUCAGCCCAGAACAGGAGGUCCUGAUUGGCCGGGUGUUUGAAACCUAUCUAGCAGAGCAUCACCAUGGCGACAUCCUCCAGCUUAUUGCAGAUACCAAUGACGAGACCCAUCACCCUGUUGUUGUUAAUGCCAUGACACUGUUUGAGGCCAAUAUGGAGGUUGGGGACUAUUUCAACGCUUAUCCCAGUGGCGUCCUGGCUAUAUUUGAUAAAGUGUUGCACAAAACCGCCGUGGAGUUAUCACAGAACGCUUCUCCCGAGCACCACAGUGGACAAAGAACCAAAGAGCAGAGAAUGAGACAGACUCUUCAUACCCGCAUUACAGGUUUGCCAGUGUGUCCAGAACUGACCAGAGACACCAUUCCCAGGUCCAGAGAUGUAGGGCAUUUUUUGUCUGUCACAGGUACCGUCAUACGUACCAGCGUUGCCAAGGUUCUGGAGUACGAGCGUGAUUACAUGUGCACAAAGUGUCGUCACGUUUUCACGAUGCAGGCUGAUUUUGACCAGUUCUACACCUUCGUCCCACCGGUGGCCUGUCCUAAUCCUAAUGUCUGUAACUCAUACAAAUUCAGCUGUCUGUCUGGAGGAUCUGAGCCUGCUGUCUGCAGGGACUAUCAGGAGAUCAAGAUACAAGAGCAAGUGCAGAGGCUGUCAGUGGGCAGUAUUCCUCGUUCCAUGGUGGUGGUGCUUGAGGACGAUCUGGUUGACAGUUGUAAAUCUGGAGAUGACGUGACCGUCUAUGGGGUGAUGCGCCAGCGCUGGAAGCCCUUUUAUGAUGGCGCUCGCUGUGAGGUGGAGCUGGUUCUCAAAGCGAACAACAUAGAAGUAAACAACCAACAGGCUGCCGCUGCUCUGCUCAUGAAGGACGUUCAGCAAGAAUUCGAGGACUUCUGGGAUAGCUACAAACAUGAUCCCAUAGCUGGUCGGAACCAGAUCUUGUUGAGCCUGUGCCCACAGGUGUUUGGAAUGUACGUGGUUAAACUGGCAGUGGCCAUGGUGUUGGCUGGUGGGGUGCAGAGGAUAGAUUCUUCUGGGACCAAGAUCAGGGGGGAGUGUCACAUGUUGCUUGUUGGUGACCCUGGCACAGGGAAGUCUCAGUUCCUGAAGUACGCAGCUAAGGUCAUGCCUCGCUCUGUACUCACAGCUGGAAUUGGAUCAACAAGUGCAGGACUGACAGUAGCGGCAGUGAAAGAUGGAGGCGAGUGGCACCUGGAGGCAGGAGCCCUGGUUCUGUCAGAUGGUGGUUUGUGCUGCAUUGACGAAUUCAACAGUAUCAAGGAACACGACCGCAUCAGCAUCCAUGAAGCUAUGGAGCAACAGUCUAUUAGCGUGGCCAAAGCUGGUAUUGUGUGUAAGCUGAACACUCGCAGCACCAUCCUGGCAGCCACGAACCCUAAAGGCCAGUACAAUCCCAAUGAGCCCGUGUCAGUGAAUGUAGCUCUGGCCAGCCCUUUGCUGAGCCGUUUUGACCUGGUCCUAGUUCUGCUGGACACCAGAAACGCAGAGUGGGACCGAGUCAUCUCCUCUUUUAUUCUGGAGGACAGAGGAGUGCCUGCUGACUCUUCCAACCUGUGGUCCAUGGACAAAAUGAAGGCUUAUUUCAGCGUGAUUAAACACUUGCAGCCGCAGGUGUCCGAGGAGGCCAACAGCAUCAUGACGCGUUACUACCAGCUGCAGAGGCAAAGCGACGGCCGCAGCGCUGCCCGCACCACCAUCCGCAUGCUGGAGAGUCUGAGCAGGCUGGCUGAAGCUCAUGCCAGGCUCAUGUACAGAGAGACGGUGACCAUAGAGGACGCUGUCAUGGCUGUUUCUGUCAUGGAGUGCUCAAUGCAGGGCGGUGCUCUGCUGGGAAAUAUAAAUGCAUUGCUCACCUCAUUCCCUGCUGACCCCGGAGAGCAGUAUCAAACUCAGUGUCAGGUGCUGCUGGAAGGACUGAACCUGCCACGGCUCCUUAGAAAGGAGAUGGACAGACUGGCCAGGCUGAAGAGCAACCCCUCAGAGGCCUCCCAGUGUGAUCCACCCACUGAUAUUUACCAGCAUCAGCUCAGAGACACAAACACCAUCAACAAAACACGCCGCCAUGACGUCACCAGUGACUGCAAGGGUGAUGUCACCGUGGAGAGUGGUUUGGACUGGUUCCACGCCAUCUCUCCAUCAGCAUCACCAGAUGACAUGACCUCGCCCGUGCUGACAUCAACUCAAGCAAACCGACAUCAAACUCCAAACUCUAGCUGGUCUACGGCAAUCAAACAGCCAAACUGUCAAACCGAGAAGGACGUUAACCAUGGUGGAAGAGUUUCCUCUCCUUCAGAGGAAGGCAACAGUAAAAGUGGGAAUAAUGAAAAUGUUCAUAGUGAGGGUCAAAAAGAUGAACAACAUCCAAAGAAACCUCAGUGUGUGUUUCAGAAGGUUUCUAAGAACCUGAGAGACAGAAGACUCAGGAAGCUGGAGCUGAAUAAUCAGCAGUGUGACAAAGAGGGAGGAGGAGGAGGACAUGGAGACAGGGUGGUGUCCCCAGAUAGAGCGAGAAAAACUGUGACAGAUUUAGUUUUAAAUACGACACAGUCAUCGGGCAAAAACCGCCCCUCAAAUAACCUCAUCCAGGAGAACCAGUCCUCUGGGAGAGAAAGUAGAUUUGAGGAGGAAGACAAAAGGGACCAGGCUAAGACUGGGACUAAGAAGAUUUGUGCUGUGCUGAGGGAAAAGAUGGCAGCUGAAGCUGAAACAGGUAAAGACCUGCACGCAAAGCUGUCAGGCUUUAUAUUCAAACCAAAGCAGAUGAGACCUUUAUUAAACAACCGGGACUUUAACAGCAGCUCCGACGUCAGCGCGAGUGAAUGUAACCAAGGCAGUGGAGAUCUCCACAUCAACACAGAAAACAGAAUAAGUAAACAGAGGCCACUUAGUCAGAAUGAGUCAGCCAGUCCACUUACACACACAGAGAGGAACGAACGAAAGAAAAAACAGAACCAGUACCAAAAUCUCCUGGAGGGUGGAAGCAGGAGGAAACAGGUGAGCUAUGUCAGUGAGGUGGGAGACAGUGGGUCAGGGGACGGUACUUGUUUAACAUCAUUAGAGCUGGAUAAGGACGUGUCUUCCUUUGGGAAGGACAAAUCAGCACAGGGAAAAACUGUAAGUAGGAUAAAGGGGAGCGAUGACAUCGAAAAUCAGUGUCAGCAACACAGAAGUAGAGUUAACACUGCUGAUAAGACUGCUGUAGAUGGCUUUCCUGUCACCCCACCAAGCACCUACACCAAUGGUCCAGCACGGGUUCAGUCAGGCCACUCAAAAUCCACUGUGGCUUCUUCAACCCUGGCUAAACUCUCCAGAUUCUCAUUCACCUGCACGACUGAUCCCGUAACCACAGCUCAAACCAGAGAGGAAAAAAAUCCUGCUGCAGCGAUAAAAGGUUUAGGUCAAAGAAACGGCGCUGAAUGCUCGAGAGCAAAUUCUGAUGUCAAGAAAACUCCAGAUUCCCUCCAACACAGUCUCUUAGGACAGGAGACAAACUCCGCAGACACCAUGGGCAAAGUAAAGGAUGUUUUACACACCACAGUUCUCACACCAGGAUGGGGACAUGAACAAGAGACAGACACAGAGUCCACUCAUGCUGCAAAAACACUGAUCAGUGACGGUCCUGCUGUCAAUGUGAAGAAGAGGAAGUGUUUUGAGCUGGGCCCUCCACCGAGGAGUGCGUGUGGUGCUUCUAAGGGUCCAUUCUCGGGACUGUCCCUAUUCGGCUCUGUUGAGGUAAGUAACGAUGUCCUCGACACGGACUGGGACCAAGAGGUCUCAAAGAAAGCCAAGGUUUGAGAUCAUAGGGCUGGUUAAAGGAGAGUACCACAAUAUUCCAUCACUGUCACUUUUCACUUCCUGGUUGUGAGGUAUUGGGUGUAUAGAACUGUAUUUUCGAUUUUUCAUCAUGUUAAUAAAACACAUGU